GCCCCUACGACUUCCUCCAUUGUCCUUCUUUCCGAGAUUCUCACCGCGGAGGAAGGAUGGCUCAGAACAAUUAUUUCGGAUUUACCCACGGCGGGACGCAAUAUGGGGCGACCAGCGCCGCUGCGUAUCAGACCGGGCAGGCGGGAUACGCGGUAACCCCGGCGGCGACUGCCGCCACGUACACUCAGCGACCCGCGGCCGCCGCCGCCACCGGCUACGAGACCUACCAGGCAGCCGCCGCCGCAGCCGCGACCGGGACGACCUACGCAGCUGCUAAUCCUGGCACCGUAGCCCAGACUUACGAUUACGGGUACGGACGAGCUGCACCAGCAGCCACAUACGACGCAACCAAGACCUAUUACCAACAACCAGCAGCUGCCGCAGCGACUUACACUACCACUGAAACCCAUUACCAGGCAGCAAAACCUGCUUAUAGCACAACCAGUGCCUACACUGGCACUGCUAGACAGGCCACUACCACUGGUCAAGCCAAAACCUAUCAAGCGUCUAGCACAGCUUAUCAACAAUCAAAUCCUACACAGAGCGCUACUUACUCGUCAGGAUACACUGCGCCAGCCACUCCUGCCGCUACUCCGUCAACUGCAACAAAUAAAACGGCGAGUACAACGUAUUCCGGCUACGACGCAGCGCUAUAUAGCGCUGCGACUAUGUUUGUAGCCCAACAGCAAAAUGCAAACAGCAAUUCCACUAACCAGAAGACUGGAGGUUGGCAGGGCUACGGACGGAAGGGAUUCGGAGCUGGCGGGGGAGGGAUGAAAGCAAUGCGGCCCAAGCAGCCUCCUAAACCUCAGCAACUACACUAUUGCGAUGUUUGUAAGAUCAGCUGCGCUGGGCCACAAACCUAUCGUGAGCAUCUGGAGGGACAAAAACACAAGAAGAAGGAAGCUUCCCUGAAGGUGCCUCAACAGCCUCCGGCGCGUGGAGCAGGCAACAGUCUUCGAUGUGAGCUUUGUGAUGUAACUUGUACUGGAAACGAUGCUUAUGCUGCUCACAUUAGAGGUGCUAAGCAUCAAAAGGUAGUCAAGUUACACACUAAACUUGGAAAACCUAUACCAAGCGCGGAUCCUACUGUUUUGAAUCCGAAACCUGCGGCAGCUGCGAAAGCUGCAACUACAAAGAAGCCAACGGUGACAGUCACACCUAAAAUCAACUUUGUUGCUUCUGGAAACUUGGGCACCGUGAAUCAAAAUCAAACCGUGGAGGUCAAGCAGGAAGAAGCAGCCGCCGAAGAGGCUGUGGAAGAGGCUACGGUCGAUGAAAAGGAUAUUCAGCCAGUUGGUCAGGAAUACAUCGAGGAGAAUAAAUCCGAAGACGGGAAGAUCAUAAGUUUUAAUUGCAAGUUAUGCGAAUGUCGGUUUAACGAUCCCAAUGCCAAAGACAUGCAUAUGAAGGGUCGCCGUCACAGAUUUGCAUAUAAGAAAAAGGUCAAUCCUGAUUUAGUCGUCGACAUGAAACCGAGCCUUAAACAGCGCAAAAUGCUGGAGGAGAAACUACGUAGGCAACAAAUGCGCGACGAGUAUCUACGUCGCAGAGAGGAAAUUAAUCAGUUGGGACCUAUGGGACCCAUGAUGGACGAAGAGAUGAUGUAUUGGGAGGAGAGACGCCGCUACGAAGAGGAAUGUGAAUAUUAUGAAUGGUUCCGACGAUAUGGACGUGGACCAGGUGCCCCACCGAUGCCACGUGGUCCGUUCCAAGGACCACCGCCUAUGAUGAUGUUCCCAGGCCCUCAAAGACGACCAGAUUCAUCGGAUGACAAACAUGUACUGGCGCACCAUACAACUAUUUAUCCUAAAGAACAAGAAUUGGUGGCAGUUCAGAAAAUAGUUUCUCACACCGAGAAGGCACUGAAGUUUGUAUCCGAUGCUUUAGCUGAAGCUGGUAAAAAGAACACUCCUGCUAAUGCUAAUGCUACUGCAGCAACGGUACCAGCUGGUACUCCACAGACGAACGAUGCAAUUAAAAAAGAGGAGGCUGAUAAGAAGAAAGCAGCCACACCACAGAAGGAAGAUGGAAGUGAUGGAAAUCUAUUCUCAUUUCAGAAGGAAAAAGAAGAUUCCAGAAUUCUUCGUGGCGUUAUGCGUGUCGGAAAUUUGGCCAAAGGGCUGUUACUAUCUGGAGAUAAUCACGUUUGCCUUGUUGUCUUGUGUGCAGAAAAACCUACUAGAACAUUGCUCAAUAAGGUUGCGGAGAUUUUACCUGGCGAAUUGAAGAAUGUAGCUCCCGAAGAGACCUACAAUGUCGGAAAGCAUCCUGAGUCAGCAGCUUUGACUGUCUCGGGAGGUACCGUCACCGUCAGCGUGACACUCACCAGUCCCCUGAUGCGUGAAACGCCUAAGUCAACUGCUGCAGCAGAUAAUGCUGGACAGCAGCAGCAGGAAGCUGCUCAACUGCAAACAACGCCCGCGGCCCCCACCGUGACGAAACCAGACCCACCAGAUGUACUUCCCAAGGCUAAGUGUUUGGAGGCUUUAGCUGCACUCAGGCAUGCCAAGUGGUUUCAGGCUAGAGCUACUUCACUGCAGAGCUGUGUUAUGGUUAUUCGUAUAAUGCGUGACCUGUGCAAUCGUGUGCCAACAUGGGGUCCAUUAAAUCCUUGGGCAUUGGAAUUAUUGACUGAGAAAGUCAUUAGCACAGCGGGAGGUCCCCUUAGUCCCGGCGAAGCCUUAAGAAGACUUUUGGAAUGCGUAGCAGGAGGAAUAUUGCUACCGGGUAGUCCAGGAUUAUCCGAUCCAUGCGAGAAAGAGCCAGUUGAUGCUAUAGGAAACAUGACGUCUCAACAGAGAGAAGAUAUUACCGCAUCCGCGCAGCACGCGUUGCGAUUGGUAGCGUUCCGUCAGAUUCACAAGGUCCUAGGUAUGGAGCAAUUGCCACCGCCGAAAUUCAAGGGACGAUUUGCCCGAAAGCGAAGACGCGAUAACAGCAACGGAGAGGGUACGGACAGCGAGGCUUCGAAAAAAGAUAAAAAAGCGGAGGAGAUUAAAAUGGAAACAGAUUCCAAGUAGAAGAUCUACCAAAAGAUUCAUACUAAUGAUACAAAUUACCUAUUAACUUAUCUAGCAUAAGGAAGCAGUUUUCCCGCUGUGUCAGUUGCUUGUUUAGGAGGAGACAGAUUUUCGGAGGAGACAUUUCGAGACUAGGCUAACGCUUACAAUGAUUUUUAGAUAGACUACGUUAUGAUUUUAGAAUAAUCCAAGAAUGAUAAAAUUUUGAAAAGAUAUGAGAUGCGUUUGUCGAGUUACAAUAGCGGGCGUUCUUUAUCUCUACGUCAUUAUUGAGGAUUGUUUACUUGUGGCAAUGAUAAUCAUUUCCUUCUUAAUGUAUGAUGUAUUCCACAUAAUAAGCGUGUCACAGAAACGGAAAUAGUGCUAUGUUAGGUAAAGCUUAAGUUGAAACUGCUAAUUUUCUCAAACAGAUGUGAUGCGAUUAGAUCUUAUGAUAUUAGGUUUGUAUCGACGAAAAUAACAAAUACGUUUACUUAAAUCUGGUCCAUCCAGAUUUUAUUUCGAUUAUGGCGAGCAGAAGGAAAACGAAAUGUAGCAGAAUACGAUGACGAACAUUUAUAAGUUUGAAGUUAGGCGUAGACAGAAUCAAUAGAUUGUAUUGAAUUUUGUGUGUAUGUUGUGUGUGUAGUCAGUACGUGUAGGAAAAUAACCAUCUUUUCUCUCUCUCUCUCUCUCUCUCUCUCUCUCUCUCUCUCUCUUUCUCUUUCACUUCUGCACAAAGUAACAACCAUUUAUGAUGUAUGCUAUUGUCACGUACGUGACUCACGCAAGAAAAUGGCGGCAAGAUAUUUAUAACUCGAUAAUUUGGACGCUUAGUGAUUACUCGAUGCAAAGCAAGUGCACGUGUUAAUGUUUUUUUGUUUAACACAACUAAAUCAAUUUUAUUCGCAGAAAAUUUAAGCAACCGAGUCAAGUUGAAACUUGAACUUUUUAACUUUUAUUGGAUUUCAAUUUAAGUGAAUUUCUUCUAACUUGUGUAGAAUUUUCUGUUCUAUAUUUUGAAUGAAGAUCAUUGAAUAAAACGAACAUGUGUACGUA